UCCCACUUCAUAGAAUAUCAGAGUUGGAAGGGACCUCAAGAGGUCAUCUAGUCUAUGGGAGAGGGAUGCUACUUUAGGGAGCGGGGAGGAGAAAGAGCCCUCCUCUACUCUGAGCUGCUGCUCCAGGGAGGCUAGACGGGACUGUUGGAAAAAGUCAGGGCAGCUGGGCACCUCUUGAGGCCUCCUGAGAUUGCCUCAUUCCCAGCUAGUCCCUGGACUGGGCAGCUCCCGUGUGGGGCUCGGAGGUGAUGGGGAGGGGGCUGGGCAGCUGCAGGAGGGGAUGUGGUUUGCUGGGUGUUGCAGGGAUCUGGCUUUGCUCUGACCACAGUAGAUUUUGCUGGAGAUUGCAGAGAAACCAUCUGAUGGCGCGGAAAGGGGCCGAGUGCAUCACGUGCUUCCUGGGGCUGCAGCCCCCGGUGCAGUUCUUCAUUCCGCUCACACUCGGGCCUCAGGCUGGGUGGAGCUGGGCACCGGGGUGUUAGUGGCAGCCCUGAGGGGUCCCCACUGCACCAUCAUGGCGUCUGCUCUCACCGUCCUCCUCCUCGGCUGCUCUCUGCCCGUGCACAGCUGGGAGUUGGGAGGACGUGAAUUUCUCAAACCCACCAUCUGGGUGAGCCCCAGCAGGGUGGUGGCGCUCGCGGGAAACGUCACCAUCCGCUGUGAGGGUUUGUACCCGGGCAUGGAGUUCUUUCUGCGUAAAGCUGGACACCCGAACCUGCAGGUGCGGACGGUGCCUGAUGGGACCGUGGCUGAAUUUCCCAUCGCCAGUUUCAGCCGGGAAGAUGGAGGGAGCUACACCUGCGACUAUCGCUCCAUAGCAGAACAGAAUCCCUGGUCGUAUCUCAGUGACCCCAUCAGAAUCAUUGUAGGAGCCCAGGGCUCAGAGGAAACUCUGGCCCCUGUGGAAAGGCAUCCAGGAGCCCGUCCCCAGGGCCGCCGGGUCUGA